UCACCAUCCUCCUCUCCUCUAUCAGCUUCCAGGUAUCCGUCGAGAUCCAUUCCUUGUCUUCUUUCUUCUUCCUUCCUAAUACUGUUGUGCAGGUUUCUUUCCACAUAGCUUUCAAAGACUUCCAGUGUUCUUCCACACAGGUUUCUUCAGGGAUGUCCCUCGACGUCUCCCAUUUUGUCUUGAUGGCUGCUUUGAAGAUCUCCUCUGUAGUUUCAUCCUUCAGUUUCCGAGUGUUGUACUUGAAUUGAGGUCUAUCACCAGCUUCCUUGAAGGCUUUUAACUUGAUUUGGAAGGUUCCUUGCACUAGAUAGUGGUCUGAACCUACAUCUGCUCCUCUUUUGACCUUGUGUUAAGUAGACUGCGUCUCCAUUUUCUUGAGAUUGGGAUAAAGUUGAUUUGAUUUUUAGUGUGUUGUGGUGUCUGGUGAAAUCCAUGUCGCUUUGUGGAUAUCUUUGUGCCUGAACACACUGCCUCCAAUCACCAAAUCGUUGAAUGCGCAGAAUUCUGCAAACAAUUCUCCAUUCUCAUUCAUUUCACCUAGCGCCUCUCGACCCAUGGUUAGUUCUCUUCCCGUGUUGUCCCCUCCCAGUUUGGCAUUCAUGUCGCCCCACCCAUUAGAAUUUUGAUAUCGCCAACUGGCGUCUUGUCCAGUGUUGAUUGAAGUUGUCUGUAGAAAUCCUCCUUUUUCUCUUGCUCUGCAUUAUUUGUAGGUGCAUAACAUUGUAUGAUUGUGGCCUUUCUUCCUUUUGAGUUGAAUCUUGCUGUCAUGAUCCUGGAGGAGAUUGGUUCCCACUGCAUGAUAGCCUUCGAUGCUCUUGAGGACAUCAUGAUAGCCACUCCCUCAGUGUGCUCGUGGUUGGCGUCUGGGUGACCGGAGUAGAUUAUUGAUUCUCCAGUUGACAGUUUGGAGAGUCCACUCCCAUUCCAUCUGCUUUCACAAAUCCCAAGCACUUCGAUGUGAUACCUUCUCAUCUCCUUUGCAAUCUGGGCUGCCUUACUGGGUUCAAACAUCGUGCGGACAUUCCAUGUCCCCACGUUUACUUUCGCUUUCAUCGAGAGAAGACACAUCGGCCAAUUGGCUUCCCGAAGGCUUUCACCAACUGGCGUCAUUUCGCCUCUCCGACUCCAGCGGGGAAUAAGUUUGUUUUCAUUUUUUAUAUUUUGUUUGUGCUUUGAAGUUUCUUUAGCGGUUAUAUUUGUUUUACGGUGUAGGGUUGCUAGCCCUAUGCCCAACCUUCCCUCUUUACGGGGGCUUAGGACCGGCUAGUAACUAGUAAACUAGUUAACCAGGCGAGGUUCCAAUAAUGCACAUUGGUCACUGCAAUUGUUUCCGGUAUUCCGUUGGUGGUAAAUCACUGCUCCCAGUCUUUGAACCUGAGCAGUUAGAUGUUAUCGAAAGCCAUGGUUUGAAAACUUCGGCACAGUGUAGUGUAGCAAAGCGCUUUCGUGUAUUAUGGUCCAUCCCGAGAGCUUUCAAAAGUUUUGAUCAGGGUAUGUUCAUGAUACUCUAUUCUACUUAUUUCGGACGUCACUGCAUUCAGCGACCAGUUCAUAGCUAAAAAAGGAUGUUGACGUACUGGAGCGUGUUUCAAGGGUAGGCACUUAACUUGUGGCAGGUCUUUCGAAUCUCCCCGAUGAGGAACCAUUAGAUCGGCUAAACUUAUUGCUACUGUUUUACCCUAGGAAACGGGAUGGUCUCAUACUAGAAUUUCGUAUCCUUAAUAAUGACUUCGGUACUGAUAUGUCCUAUCUUCUCUCUCCUGUUAGGAUUGAUUAUCCCCGAAAACAUCACAAGAGAAUCCAAAAGCCAUAAUCGAAUCAACUUAGCGUGAAUCUGCGUUUCUCCCAUCGUGAGGUCAACGUGUGAAACUUCUUACCUCAGAAAGUAGUAUCAACACCUUCAGUCAACGUGUUGAAAGAGAAACUAGAUCUUCUGCAAGGAUUAGCACAGGCCAUCCGGCCUACUCUCCUUAUUACUGAAAACAAACUAUAAACUACCAUUGUUACUUCAUGAAUCAAGAAUAGACAGCAAUUCUUUAAAUCUGGUCAUAUUUAAGGGGCUUUGAAAAAGUACAGGCGAAAAGCACCAGAAACUAUUGCAUUAAAUGUUUUAGCAUUACCUUGAGCUUUAGGGAUGGUUAUCAAUUAUUACUAGUUCAAGGCUGAUGAAAUAUGCUUCUCGCCGAAAUCCGCUAUGUGGCAUACAAACUAAUUAAAACUGAUUGUUAAUCCAAAUGUAUCCAUACAUUAUCUUCGUCUAAGUUGUAAUGAUAAGUCUUACGUAUAUUCCUGUUUUGUACUCAGCACACCACCACAUACCUGGUUGAUUAUUUCUUGCAUCAUCUUAUCUUUAAUCGAUGAGACGACAACGGGUUUCUCAGUUUGAAACUUAAGAAAUCCUAGGAACUUCCAAAGGAAAUCAUUUCAUAGCAGUUACUAGUACGACUUUAUUAAUGAAACCCCGAACUUGAGAUAGUUCCGUAAUUUAUUGCUACCAAUAAUCUUUUCUCAAUCGAGUUUCUGUUAGGCAGUCAAACAUUUCGUUUUAGUUGCGUUUAAGUUAGCUGACAUACUCUACGAGCUUUCCUACCUUAGAUGUGAGACGUUCACUAUGUUAACAGGUUUUUCAAACUUGGAGGGGAUAAAUGUGUCCUUAAGCUACUGAUAAAUACCAGUGAUUUAUACAUAACUCAUGGGUGUUUUUCCUACAACAGGUCGAGAUGUUUCUCGAAAAUUCUUACUUGCUUUCCUACGCUCAGUCUAUCCCCAGUUUCCUGAAGAGUGGAUAAUGGAGAUCGUCGAACAUUUGAGUUCAAAUUCUGAGCUUGCUUAUAUAGCUGCACAUUUAGGAGUGAAAGAUAUUGUACCUUACAGUGAUCAGACGGAUUAUUCAAGCAAUAAAGUUGUGUUGGAGCCGCCAAAUUUGGAUGUACUAGCUAAUGCAUUUAUGGCUUUAAUUGGUGCUUUAGCAAAAGAUAAGUUAGAGAAAGCACAGUUAUUUAUUCGGGACUUCAUCUUGGUGCGACUUGCAGAUUUGGAUUUGACUGAAUUGGUAUCCAUUUCUGAACCUUUACCCCUACUUCAGGGCAUACUCAAAUCCCAAGGACGUGGACCGCCCGAAGCUAGGCUAAUUUACCAAUCAAGUAUGAAUACUGUUCUAGCCUGUUAUCAGGUUGGUAUCUACAGUGACCACCAGCUGGUUGGAGAAGCCCCCGGUGAAACAGUAUUAAUCGCGGAGGAAGAAGCUAUGCGACAAUCAAUAAGAAAUCACUUCAAGCUAACGGACAGUCGACCUGUUAUUCAACUGCAAGGGGAUCUGAACUUAUUUGAUUUUGAAAAAUAUGGGGAACCUAACAAUUCCCUUAAUUACUACUUGGAAUUAGCUACCGAUAAUGUUUGA